GUGAAUGGAGGAUCGGCCUGCCUGACUCCUCCUCCCCUGCAAACGCCUCUAUUUGAGCUUUGCAAAGUUGAGGGCGAGCAGGCAUCCGAGGCGAGGCGUGCGCCUCGGCUGUGCCCCCCAGCUCGGACAGACGGACAUUCGUACAGACAGACACACACACACACACACGCCCUGCGCUGCGAGCGGGUGCGAGCCCGGAGGCGAUCCUGGAGAACAACCUUUCCCUGUCGCUGCUGCCGGCUCCCGCAGGGCUGGACCCGGGGAGCUGCGUCGCCGAGCAAACUUCCCCCAAAGGGCUGAGCUCGCCGGCCUGGUGCCUGCAGCCGGAGCCGGCCUCCGGCUUGGCGGGCAGGGGCCAGGUGCCCUGGAACAAGUGCGGCCCGGGGGGAGACUGGCUGCCCGGCGGCAGGCAGAAGGUGUGCGAGCAGAUGGGCUCCGACGUGCGAGACCUCAACGCGCUGCUGCCCUCCGUGCCCUCCCUGCCGGGCAACAGCAACUGCACCAUGCCGGUGAGCAGCGCGGCGCAGUGGGCGCCCGUCCUGGACUUUCCCCCGGGGGCCUCCUACGGCUCGCUGGGACCGCACUCCUUCAUCAAGCAGGAGCCGAGCUGGAACGGAUCGGACCCGCACGAGGAGCAGUACCUGAGCGCCUUCACCGUCCACUUCUCGGGCCAGUUCACGGGCACGGCCGGCGCUUGCCGCUACGGGCCCUUCGGCGCCCCGCCGCCCAGCCAGCCGCCCUCGGGCCAGGCUCGGAUGUUCCCCAACGGGCCCUACCUGCCCAACUGCCUGGAGAGCCAGCCAGCCAUCCGCAACCAGGGUUACAGCACCGUGGCCUUUGACGGGACCCCCAGCUACGGCCACACGCCGUCGCACCCCGCCGCUCAGUUCACCAACCACUCCUUCAAACACGAGGAUCCCAUCAGCCAGCAGCCGUCCCUAGGGGACCAGCAGUACUCGGUGCCUCCGCCGGUGUACGGCUGUCACACGCCGACCGACAGCUGCACGGGCAGCCAGGCGCUGCUGCUCCGGACGCCCUACAACAGUGACAAUUUAUACCAGAUGACCUCACAGCUUGAGUGCAUGACAUGGAAUCAAAUGAACUUGGGAUCCACACUGAAAGGACAUACAGCAGGAUAUGAGAAUGAGAACCACAGUGCUCCCAUGUUGUACAGCUGUGGGGCCCAGUACAGAAUACACACCCAUGGAGUCUUCAGGGGCAUACAGGAUGUGCGGCGAGUGCCCGGAGUGGCCCCGACCAUCGUGCGCUCGGCCAGCGAGACCAGCGAGAAGCGUCCCUUCAUGUGUGCCUACCCCGGCUGCAACAAGAGAUACUUCAAGCUGUCCCACCUGCAGAUGCACAGCAGAAAGCACACUGGUGAAAAACCUUACCAGUGUGAUUUUAAAGACUGUGAGAGAAGAUUUUCUCGUUCAGACCAGCUCAAGAGGCACCAAAGACGACACACAGGUGUGAAGCCCUUUCAGUGUAAAACCUGUCAGAGAAAGUUCUCCAGAUCUGACCACCUGAAGACUCAUACCAGGACUCAUACAGGUAAAACAAGUGAAAAGCCUUUCAGCUGCCGGUGGCCCAGCUGUCAAAAAAAAUUUGCCAGGUCUGAUGAAUUAGUUCGUCACCACAACAUGCACCAGAGGAACAUGACUAAACUGCAGCUGGCCCUUUAGGCAGUUCAAACAAGUGACAAAUCCUGAUGGGACAUUAUAAGCUACUGCAAAUUUCUCAGCCAUCCUCGAUCACCUGCCCGAGCUGCAGCUGUCUCCGCAUCCUCUUUGACACAGGUUAACUAAACCCCAGGAUUCUGCCCUGCCUUCAUUUGGAGCUGCACAAGCCCCCACUCAAUCAGCUCAAGAGAUAUUUACUCCUGGCUUUGUACAGAAGUAGGCAGGAUUGCCACAGUUUCAGGAUUGCUGUCUUAGGUUUUGUGUCUGUCUCCGGGUUUUUUUUGUGUUGUUCCCACUUGGGCUUUUCUAGGUGCAAACAGCUGUGCCUUUUUAAUUCCUGCAGUGGGCAGGGUGAUUCCUCCCUGUUGAAGGUCUGCUCUACAUUUCCAUCACCCCUGCAGAUGCUGAGGUUCCUAGUGCUAGUACAGCUUUCCUCACAAAAUGAAGGAACAGUCACCUGAGAUAUUUCUGGUAACCAAAGGGCAGACUUUUAGAGUUGGGAGCUCUGCUUUUGAAUUUCACAAGUUCAAACCUUU